AUGCCUCCUCUGUCGGCAUAUACACCUUUUGAGUCCUUGCUCUUCUUCCAGUCCCUGGCCACGUCCGAUGUGCGACCGGCGAGCUUCGCGACAAUCUCCAGUUCGUUGCGAAACAACCCGUUAGUUCGGCAGAAUGUUGCGUUUAGUGCCGAUCGCUUGACUGUCGAGGCAUUGGAGGAUCUUUACGCGACAUUGCUGCGCGAUGGGUUCGAUCGCGAUGCUCUGGCCGGACCGAAUGUACGACCCACCGAAAGCUCCGGCGCAAGCAACCCCAAGAAGCGCAAAAUCUCCAGCCCGCGACCAGAGGGGCUAUCGGAUGGAGUUACACAUGCUGUUCUGGUUCCAGAGCUCGUGUCGCAUCUCUAUGCGCGGUACAAGGAGCUUGUAACGAAGGAGAUCAAGGACGACGAAAAGAGAUAUACUGCGAUUAAGGAUGAAAUCGAGCAUUUGAAGGAGGAGAGUAAGCCGCUUGGCACAAGUGUCAAGGACGCUGUCAAGGUUGGGGACAAUCUCGAGGCCGAACCCAUGGAUGUGGAUGUGGAUGUGAAGGAAGAGACCUUGCGACGGGAGUACUCAAACCCUGAAGUUUUUCCAGUGCAACCGCCUCAAGCAAAGAAACCGCUGGGAGAUGGUGCUGGUCAAACUCAAGCAAAACAAUCUCAGCCCCCAGCUCCUUCGCAACCACCAACUCACGACAUUCAAACACAACCACAGGCCGUUAAUGGUCAAACUCCUACGCAAACAUCAGAUGCCCCGUCGCUCGCGCCUCGGGCUCAGGAGACAGCCCCUGCCACACCUGCCGCAGCAAGAGCCCCGCAUCCAUCUCAGAUCGCGCCUCGUCCCAAUGUGCCAGGAGCCACGCCUCUAGCCGGGAAGCCUGGGGUUCCCUCAGGAUCGGCGCAACCAACUCCUACCCAAUCAAGCUUCCAGCAGUGGCAGCUCGAUCCAUCUCCUCAAUCUCCCUAUUCCGCCACUCCCACAGCUGUUCCAGCGCAACCAACCUCCGUGGUUACGAAACAACCCCCACCCGGUUCCAUCCAGCUUCCACCUAAAAAGAUCUCAAUACCGUCUAAUGUUCCGAGCACACCAGGUGCUCUUCCUUCGGGCGCCCAGACACCUGUGCCUAUCGGCCAUCCGCGUAUUUCGCACACCCCGAGUAUCGUUAUACCGCCACACACAGAUCGCCGGGGCUCGCGUCCUCGCCUAUCCAUUGAUACACCAGGCUCUUCCACGCCAUGGAAGAUGACACCGCGUGCGAGCGUUGCUGAAUCUCCAGUAUCACCCGCACGUCCAGGUCCAGGAGACGUCAGUCCGAUAAGUGACCGAGCUUCAUCUCCCGAUGCUAUGGAUGAGUCGACCCCCCGAGAACGAAAGUCUCGACGUGGCCAGCCAGAGGGCAAGUCUGGAUCUAAUAUUAAAUCCGAGAAAACAUCCACUCGACGGACACGUGCGGCAAGCACUGCAUCGUCGCCAAGCCGUGGGCGUUCUGCGACCCCAAGAGGAAUGUCUCCAGAAGUCGAGGCUUCGCGGGCUACUAGCCGCCGCAAGGGUGCUGUGGUUGAUACGGAUGAUCAAGUCACGAAAAGUCGCUCUAAACGCAAGCGAGGUACUAGCGAAGCAUUGGAGCCAGAAUCUACACCCAUGGAGGCCCCUAGGGUCGAUACCCGCUACGUUAUGUGUACACGCGGUUUCCACCGGACUGCAGCACCGAUUUUGAACGAUGUGACCACCCAUAAGCUUGCUUCCAUCUUCGCAAAACCCAUCGGGGAACGUGAUGCCCCAGGCUACCACGAUCUUAUUUACCGACCUCAAGACCUGAAGUCUAUCAAAUCUGCCGUGCACCAGGGAAGCAAAGCUGUGGUUGCGGCGACAGAGGCUGUCAGUACACCCGCAGGCGAUGGCGAAUCACCCGCUCCUGCCGUAGGGACACCUUCCAAGCAUAAUGCCCUCAUGCUGCCAAAGACCGAAGAUCUCGUGCCUCCAAAGGGUAUCGUGAACUCUUCGCAGCUGGAAAAGGAGUUCAUCCGCAUGUUUGCCAAUGCAAUCAUGUACAACCCAGCUGCUGAGCGUGGCUUCGGCCCUGCUUUCCCCAUGAUCAGUGACCGUGGUACUCGUGAGAGCACGCAGUCAGAAGGCGACGAAGGUGGCAUCAUCCAGGAUUCAAUGGAGAUGUUCGAGGACGUCGAGCAGGCCGUCAAGCGCUGGCGUGCUGCAGAACGCACCGCCGACGAACUGGCGAACAAGAACGUUCUCUCCCUUCGACGCGGCAGCGCCAGUGAUUUCAAUACUGAUAGUGCCGACGACGCUAAAGGGUGA